UAUUAGCAGCGACAUCCGUAGUCGUUGGUGAAGUCAGGUAUGUAUGUCGAUUGAUGUUGUCGAUGUUGGUGGGUGGUAGUAAUUAUGGUGUAGUGUGAAGAUUGUCGUAGUAGAUAAAGCGCGACGUAUCUAUUUUCGACAACGAAGGUGACUUUUGGAAGUUCAAUCAAUGCCCUACAUUUUGGUUCGCGGCAAUUUGGCGUCUUACCGCACCUCGACACCGUGGAGAGUCCUAGUUUCCGGUUUGAAGGCGAAUGACAUCGACCAGUUGAGGCGGUUCCCAUCAGGUGGUUUAUGCGACGAUUGGACCAUCGAGUACAUGCAACAUCCUACUGUCAUCCUCACGGCCCUCGAAGUGUUAGGGUACAAGGUUGUCACCUCCAGCAGCUCAGGCUUCCCGAAGCAUCAGGAAGAUUUCGAAUAUCACAUGUGGACUAUGCAAAAGGACUUCUCCGAACCGGAUCCAGAGCACUCCGCCGCUUCUCCAACCGGAAGAAUCGCAUAAGGCAACGAAGGAAGAAAAAAGAAUGGAAAUACCGGCCACCCUAUUGAUGACCAGCGGUACGUACGUGUACGUGGCAGUCAAGGGCUC